GGUAAAUGAUAUUCGCUCUACACUAGUGGUCAGCGGACCGAGACUUGACAGGAAACAGUGUUCACCCCUCCGUUCUUGCUAAGAAGAAAGAGACCUAGGUACAUAGUAGGUGUGGUCAUGGACACGGCUGACGACGAAGUUCGCCUGCAGGUCGUAGUAAACUUUGAGAGGCCGCCUACCGAUAGAAGGCCAGAUACAGUGUUUUACAAGCCAACAAGUGAGAGUGCAGUCCACCAGAACGAUUCGACUCGGAAGGACUUUCUGGUAGGAGCCAUUAGAAUGGACCGAGUUGGGUGAGGAGAAACGGACAGAACGGAGGAGUCAGGCUCUCUCUCAGACCGGUCCCAUUGUCAUCAGUUUCAUCGGUCGCUUUCUCACUUCACUCACACCUCGCUAAGCCUAAAGAAGAAGUAAUGCGAUGGUGUGAAGGGAGCUGUGGGAGCCAACCGCCGGGAGGGGGACUGAUGGUUGACUCGGCGGACAAUGACCCGUCUGGCUGAUGGCCGCUUAUGGCUGACCUCGCGGAGGACAGAAAGAGGGGUGGAUGGGUUUAGUGUAGGGGGCCAAGCAAUCCCCCCCGGCCACAGGAUACCGAUGCAUAAGUCCAAUGAAUGCGGCCAUGGUAAAGUCAAUUACCAAUCUACUGGUGUCGCCUGGAAUGUUGGGAGUGGACAUGGGGACGAGGCGAAGACCAGUGAUAUGUCUCCGGGGGCCGAAGACAUCCGUACAUACCUAUGCAGUACCUCCAGCUUUUUGGUUAGUUUGAACUUAUCCACUCUCCAAUCCCCACGCUGGGCCGUUCAUGGAUGCUCCAGUGGAGUCCAGGCGCCUUCAACCGUCUGCCUGUUACGGCAUAUGCCAAAUUACUGCAGUGACAAAGGCUUCACCAUCCAUACAUCAACGACGGAGCGCAUUUUGGCGGUGAGAAAGAUCCUAGGAGCAUGCCUGAUGAGGUACAAGUCGGGGAACCGUAAAAUGCCCAAGAGGACACUUUUGUCCGGCAUCAAACAGCUGCCCGAACCUAGACUGAAGACCUUGACGUAUGAGCGGACUCACUACUAG